AUGAGAAAGUUUCCGUGGGGUCUUCGCGCUUAUGACGAGCUGCUUGCUUCCAUAUUAAAGGCAAGGACCGAUUUGCAUCUGAAGAACAGCUACGUUUUGGAUGGAUUCUCAUAUGCGUUUCAGAUAUGGAUCAUGGAGGCAGUCCCAGACAUUGGUACUAUGGUGGCUAAGAAGUCAAAAAAAAAUAUUGUCAAGGUGAGGUGUAGAAAUUGGGCAGGAAGUGGAAAAGUAUCUUAUCAAGAUAUCAUCAGCCUAGAAUCCCACUUUGACAAGGGAGAGUUGUUUCCAUUUAUAUCAUCAAGUGGGAAGUUGGGUGUGAUUGAUGAUCCUGAGUUCAAAAGAGAAGAUGAGAAGAAGGACGAAAGAGUUGAUAUGAUUGUUGAUAUGAUCAAAGCCAAUCAUGACUGGAGGGAAUUCGUUUGGGAA